UUACAUUUUAGCCCAUUUGACCCUUAUCUCUCUAUCUGUCAAACACCUUUAAUUUAUUUUUUCAGCCUAGUCAAGAAGGAGAAGCAGAUAGAUGCAAAUCAGAAAUCGUUUUUUGAAGAAGAUCAGCUAAGAAUUAAGAAAGAUUUAUUUCGAAGUUUGAAUCUUUCACUCCAUAUCUAAAAAGGGUCUACCUUAAAAACAACAUCAUUGAUGUCUUGCAUUUGUAGCAUUAGCUCAAUUUCUUCUUUCUCUACUCUCUACUCUUCUCCAAGAAAAUCAGUAUCUAAACCUCCAAUUAUCCACUGUUCCCUUCCAGGGACUGUGGCUGAACCCAAGCCUGCCUCUGUAGCUGAACCUUUAUUGCUUAAUGCUGUUAGAGGAGAAGAUGUUGAAAGACCUCCAGUUUGGCUUAUGAGGCAAGCAGGGAGGUACAUGAAGAGUUACCAAAUAAUUUGUGAGAAGUAUCCUUCAUUUCGUGAAAGAUCAGAAAAUGUUGAUCUUGUGGUGGAGAUUUCUCUACAGCCUUGGAAUGUCUUCAAGCCAGAUGGGGUCAUUUUAUUCUCAGACAUUCUUACACCACUAUCUGGAAUGAAUAUACCUUUCGACAUUGUGAAAGGUAAAGGCCCUAUUAUAUUCAACCCUUUACGCACUGCUGAAGAUGUUGAUCAAGUGAGAGAAUUUGUUCCGGAGGAGUCAGUUCCAUAUGUUGGAGAAUCAUUGACAAUCCUGCGAAAAGAGGUAGAUAACAAAGCUGCAGUGCUUGGUUUUGUUGGCGCUCCUUUCACCCUGGCAUCAUAUUGUGUUGAAGGCGGUUCGUCAAAACACUUCUCAAAAAUAAAAAGAUUAGCUUUCUCCCAGCCCGAGGUUCUUCAUGCACUGCUUCAGAAGUUUGCAACUUCCAUGGCAAAGUAUGUUCAAUAUCAAGCUGACAAUGGAGCUCAAGCUGUUCAGAUCUUUGACUCAUGGGCCACAGAACUUAGCCCUGUUGAUUUUGAGCAGUUCAGUCUUCCAUACUUGAAGCAGAUAGUGGAUACUGUUAAAAAAACACACCCAAAUCUCCCUCUUAUCCUUUAUGCAAGCGGAUCUGGCGGCUUGCUUGAGAGGCUAGCAUUGACAGGUGUAGAUGUAGUUAGCUUGGAUUGGACAGUUGACAUGGCUGAAGGCAGGAGGCGACUGGGACCUGAUAUGGCAGUUCAGGGGAAUGUAGAUCCAGGCGUCCUUUUUGGUUCAAAGGAGUUUAUCACUAAUCGGAUAAACGAUGUUGUGAGGAAAGCUGGUAAAGGGAAACAUAUUUUGAACCUUGGUCAUGGAAUUGUAGUAGGCACACCAGAGGAGAAUGUUGCUCAUUUUUUUGAGGUUGCUAAAGGAAUUAGAUACUGAAGUAGAUGAUGCUUAGUUGUUUUCUUUUCCAUUAAAUGAGUUUUAUGUAUCAUUAGCUCCUUUUUUAUGUUACCCUGUCAUUCUUCAAUUAAACUUGAUACUGUUCAUGGCAUUCAAUAGCAAUUUCAUGUUUGGUUCACUUAA